AUGAGCAAAUGUACUGGCCCUAUAGUUCCCACAGCCUCCCAGGGAAUAAAGCAGCUUGACUCAGGCAUCGAGACCCAUGGCAUAAAUGCCACAAAGAAAAGCGAAGGGGAACGAGCUGGAGAUGGCCGUACAACUCCCCUGUCUGAAGUUCUCUAUUACCCCACCCAUUGCCACUCGUCGUCUAUUAACCACAGUCUUAACCUUCCUAACCGUGAGGAUUUGCAGCAGCAUUUCAAGUGGCCAGAACUGGGACCGCAACCCCUCUGGUCGGCGCCCACACCUCCCACCGCCCCCGUGUGCGCCGCUGCGGGAAGGACACCUGCGGAGCUGCCCGCCCCCGCGUCCCCGGCUCUCCAGGGCCCGGCCACCCACAGGCUGGAGGCACCUGGGUGCCCUCACCGCCCGGGUCCGCGCCCGUGCCGCCAGGAGGCGGCGCGCGCCGGCGGCCACCCCAACCCCCGGCCCAGGGCCGCCCGGGCACACGGGACUCCGGCCAGUGGCACCGCCGCCGCUCCCGCCCGCCCCGCCCCGGCGCCGGAGCCCACCCCAGGGCUCGCCCUUGGGACUCACCAGCUCCGGGUGAAAGUUGCGGGGCGGCGGCGGCGGCGCUCCACGGUGACUCGAGUUCAGAGCCGGGGGCGCGACGGGGCGGCCCCGCGGGGCCCGUGCAGGGCAGGCUGCGGGCUCGGGGCCCUGGGUGGCGCGGCCGCCGCGCCUGCCGCGGGCUGGAGGCUGCAGCGCGUCGGGCCCGGCGGCGCCACGGCAGGGGAUCGAGCGGCGGACUGGCCGGAGCGGCGGGAGAGGAACUGGCUGUCGCAGGGCUCGGCCGAGAGGUCCCAGCUACUUCCUGGUGCUCGGAUUUGCAUACUGCGCCGGGAGGGCGGGGAAGUGACCGUUUGGCCCCUGCCCAAGGUUUGGGUCUUUGGUGUGGCCGUCGCGCGAGCUUUGAUGGCAGAGAAACUUAGCCUCUCAUCGUGGUGCUCGAGAAUGUGGAGCCGCUGGGGCCCAGCAUCCUCCUGUUUCCUCCUGUUACGGGGACAGAAGGAUCUUCCAAGGAGAUCUCUGGAGCCUGGACGUGAUAAGAAGAGAGCCUCAAAAAAGGAAGAUGACCCACCCAACUUCACCUUGAAGUGGUACACACUGGAUUUAAACUCCAUUCUCUCCACCUGACAUCAUAGCUCAAGCUCCAACACUUGGCUUACAAUGCCUUCUGGAAAGUCCCAGCUUCUCAGCCUGGAAUACCACAGAAGCAAUGCAACGUGCCUGAGCCGAAUCCUUAUCAAUCCUUGGACUUUCUAAAGGAAUAACCAAACUACCUGAACGAGCAGUUAUUUUAAAAACUGAGUUAAAUAAUAAUGGCAAGCAUACCAAUAACCUAAUUGAGGUUAGAAUCUUGUCAAAUUUAUAAUAAAAUUAUCUGUCACUUGAUGAAACACAAGAUUGUGAUACAUGACAA